AUGGCGUUCCCGGGCGGUCCCCGCAGCGGCGGCGGCGGCGGCUCCCUGGCUCUCCUGCUCUGGCUGCUGCUCUUUCAGCCACGGCUCUGCGAGCCCUCGGAGGGCGGGUCGGAGGCUGCGGGCGGGUCGGCGCCGCUCUCAGCCCCUCCUCUCGCCUCAGGCGGCCGCGUUGGCGGGGAGCCCGGAGCCAGCGGGCGGAAGCUGCCCCCUGCAAGGGCUCCGCGAACCUCUGCAGCCCCCGAGUCCGGGAGGGUCACGGAGUCCCCCUAUUCGGCGUCGUUGGCCCCAGGUGACUCCAGUUCCUUCCAGGCUGUGGAAACUGGAAAUACAAGAUUACAAUCUGCGAUCACAGUGCUCCCGCCAGUUUCUUCAGGAUGUGGCCGUCGGUCUACAAGGAUAGUUGGUGGUGCCCCGGCUGCCGAGAAGAAGUGGCCCUGGCAGGUGAGCCUGCAGAUCAAUGAUAAACACUUAUGCGGAGGCUCCCUCAUCCACCAUCAGUGGGUGUUGACAGCGGCCCACUGCAUAUAUGGACAAUUUGAGUACACGGUGAAGAUGGGAGAUAUACAUGUGAAGCAUGAAUCUGACACGGCGGUUGUGGUUCCAGUCCGAGACAUUGUUGUCCACAAAUACUAUGAUUCUAUUGGAAGCAUCUCAAACGACAUUGCUCUCGCUCUGCUUGAAUUCCCUGUGAACUAUUCCUCGCACAUCCAGCCCGUGUGCCUCCCUGAAAAGUCCUUCCAAUUGGAAAGUGAUAAGGAGUGCUGGAUAACUGGAUGGGGCAAAAAAAGUGAAUCAGAAGAAUGGAAAGAUGCACCACAAUACCUUCAGGAGGCCAAGCAGAAUAUUAUGUUGUAUCAGAAAUGUAAUAAGGUACUCCAGAAACAAAUGUCAAGCAGCUCCACCUGGGUUACCAAAGGGACUGUCUGUGGCUAUAGUGAUGCAGGAAAGGAUUCCUGCCAGGGAGAUUCUGGGGGCCCCCUGGUCUGUGAAUAUAACAACACAUGGAUCCAGGUGGGGGUCGUGAGCUGGGGCAUUGGCUGUGGUCGCAAAGGAUUUCCUGGAGUUUAUACAGAAGUUGGUUUCUACAGGGAGUGGCUCAUUGCUCAGUUGAGUCAGGCUUCCUCUCUGGAUCCAGUGGCCUUCCUCAUCUUGUGCCUGUUUCUGGUGCUGCCCUGGGCUUCCUGGUGACCCCCUGAUCACCCUGCCCCCUCCCCUCGUUCUGAUUCUCGCACCAAGCCUCUCCUCCGACCUCCUAUUCUUUCUCACUGCCCUGCCCUCAAAUUCUGGUUGGGAUCACUAUUCCUGUGGAGAGCCACACAGCAGAGCAUGGCAGCAAGGCUGGAGCCCGGGAUGUGUCCUGGCCCAGGGCACAUGUCACCUGCCUCAGACACAGUAAAGCCUUGGCUGUGCUCCCUGAGCCUUCACUGUGCUCUGCCUGCUGGGAAGGAGAGGGGUGAAAGAUCCCAGCUAGAAGGCAAGCUGAUCUGCCAGUGGAAUAUAAUGAUUCAUUGACAUUUUGGAGAACAUAUACCAAAAAAGAGAGAGUGAAGAAUGUGUCGCCACGUCCCUGCUGAGGUUUCCAUGUUGGAGUCAGCUGUCUGGGACUGGGAGAAGUUCCCCUGCAUCCCAGUGUGAAUCUGUCUGUGAAUAGACAGCCUCUGCCCACAGACCCCACUGAGGCAACCCAGUCUUGGAACCCCCUUCCUCAGUGUCCCAGUGGCCACAUCCAGAGACACCCAGUUGUGUUGAGGCAUUAUGAAAUGCUGAGA